UUAAUACAGAAUGGAGCGGGUAGCGGGAAUCGAACCCGCAUCGUUAGCUUGGAAGGCUAGGGGUUAUAGUCGACGUUGAUUUAUGAAUUUUAACGUCUCUAAUUCAAAACCGAACAUGAAACUUUGGUUUCAUUCGGCUCCUUUAUGGAAAAAGGAGCAAUUCCCAGACCCUAAUCUAAGGCGGGAAUAAAAUUACAAAAGAAAAAAUCACCCAUAACAUCUAUGUCAGUUUUUUGCAUGAAUGCAUUCAAUUCAAAACAACUUACUUUCUAGAUGAUCCCUCUAGAAGAGGCGAUUCUAACAAUCUUUCUAGUUACUUCGUUCUCUAUUUCUAUUUGAGAGAAUCCUAAGGAAAAGUCUUUUGUUUCUACCGAGCUAAGCUAAAAAAAGAAAUAUGUUGAUUGAAGCCUCUAGUAAACUAAAGUCAUCAUUUAAUAGCUAUUUUGCUUCACCCGAUGAAAAAAAUGGGAUCACUUCUUAUGGACUCGUUGAGAAUGAUUCUUAUCUAGUUCAUGGCCUAUUAGAAGUAGAAGGCGCUCUGGUGGGAUCCUCACGGACAGAAAAAGAUUGCAGUCAGAAUGAUCGAGUGACGUUGUUUCUUCGGUCCGAACUAAGGGAUCCUUUAGAUAUGAUGCAAAAUGGAUCUUGUUCUAUCCUUGAUCAUAGAUUUCUCUAUGAAAAAUACGAAUCGGAAUUGGAAGAAGGGGAAGGAGCCCUCGAUCCGCAACAGAUAGAGGAGGAUUUAUUCAAUCACAUAGUUUGGGCUCCUAGAAUAUGGAACCCCUGGGGCUUUCUAUUUGAUUGUAUCGAAAGGCCCAAUGAAUUGGGAUUUCCCUAUUGGGCCGGGUCAUUUCGGGGCAAGCGGAUCAUUUAUGAUAAAGAGGAUGAGCUUCAAGAGAAUGAGUCGGAGUUCUUGCAGAGUGGAACCAUGCAGUACCAGACACGAGAUAGAUUUUCCAAAGAACAGGGAUUUUUUCGAAUAAGCCAAUUCAUUUGGGACCCCUCAGAUCCACUCUUUUUCCUAUUCAAAGAUCAGCCCUUUGGCUCUGUGUUUUCACAUCGUGAAUUCUUUGCAGAUGCAGAGAUAUCAAAGGGGCUUCUUACUUCCCAAAUGAAUCCUCCUAUAUCUAUAUUUCAACGCUGGUUUCUCAAGAAUACGCAAGAAAAGCACUUUGAAUUGUUGAUUAAUCGCCAGAGAUGGCUUAGAACCAACAGCUCAUUAUCGAAUGGAUCUUUCCGUUCUAAUACUCUAUCCGAGAGUUAUCAGUAUUUAUCAAAUCUGUUCCUAUCUAACGGAACACUAUUGGAUCAAAUGACAAAGACAUUGUUGAGAAAAAGAUGGCUUUUCCCGGAUGAAAUGAAAAUUGGAUUCAUGCAAGAGUAGAAAGAUUUCCC